GAUACUCAGAUCCUUACAUCCAAACCAGAACGUCUGACACCCCAUAACAUCACAAAAGCAGUGAAUAUAACCAACAUGCUGCUGUCCUCUGAAACCAACGGAUCAAUGGAUAUUGCUGUGUCUACAGUAGCCACGGUCAGUCAGCUCCUGAGUGCCGGUCAAGGGAAAUUCUCUGAUGUCGACCGUGAUGCUCUUUCAAAACUAACACAGACUCUGCAGAAAUUCUCACUGCUCAAUGAAUCAAUUAAAUUCCUGGUACAGCCAAAUUUGGCAGUGCAGUCCUUUAAGGGGAAACCUGGGACUCAACACGUGCAGUUAACCUUAUUUAAAGUCCUGAUGUCUUUCAAUAUAAACUAUCAGUAUUCAGAAGCAUUAAACUGGAUUAGCAUCAUCGGCUGUUCUCUUUCUAUAUUGGGUCUGGCUGUCACAGCAGUUUACCAAAUUGCAACCAGGAAGUCAAGGGGAUGCAGCCCGACUCUGCUUUUGGUGAACAUCUGUGUGAGCAUGAUGAUUUUCUACCUUCUCUUCAUCUUUGGGAUUAACAACCCGGUCGAACAUGCAGAAGUGGCUAAUGUUUCAGAAGAAAAUCUCGUUCUUGUGUCAGAUUACCAUCGAUACUCUGACGAGGGUCCUUGUACGGCUUUUACAGCCUUGAUUCAUUACUUCUUGUUGGCCACAUUCACUUGGAAUACUCUGUAUGGAAUAAAUGUGUUCCUCCUCUUCAAAACAACCACAAUAUCUGGAACACCCCCAUGGUUUCCCAAGGUGUCCCUAGCUGUCGGAUGGGGGUUUCCGGCCAUCAUUGUUGGUAUCUCACUGGGUUCCACUUACAGAGUCGAAAAUCCUUUAGAUUAUCGACAAGAAGAGUUGUAAGUACCAAUGUUUGGGGAUUUCAUUGAUUAAUUUUUUUGACACUAGUAAUUGAUCACUAAAUGCUUACAGUACUGAUUUUAUGAGUUCACUUGUCAUAUAGUUGCUGGUUGGCUUUCUUGGACCCCAAACAGAAUAUCAGUAUGAGGAAGCCAAUGUUCUGGGGAUUUCUGCUUCCUUUGGUUAUCAUGCUGUUCUUCAACAUGGCAAUAUUGCUGCAUUUCGCUCAGAACAUCUGCAAGACCGUCCCUAAUUU